CUGCCAUCAGCUCACAAUCUAAAAAGACAUGACACAUGAGGAAAACGGAUGGGAGGGAGGAGGAAGAAGCAAGCUCAAGAAUCAGUUGCAGCCAAUGGGGGAAGAGGAGAAGAAGGGAGAAUAACUCAUCUCCUCAGCAGCAGAGCCCACAAGAGCUGUGCGGGCAGCCCCAGGUCCAGGAUGCUGUUCUAAGAGGCAGCCAGAGAGACCAAAGAUGAUCCACUAAAUCCUGAUCUGUCAAGCCACAUUAAGUGUUCCUAUCAGCUGGUCUAGCAUGUGGAUCCCACAGUCUACCCAUUUCUUCCACAAAAAGGAUUGCCUCUCUAUCUUCAGAUCUGGGUUACUCCAUAGAGUUAAUUUAGCAUGAGCAGAGUUUGGAAAUAAUUCAUUACAAGUAACAAAUUAUUUGUAAUUCAUUACUUUUUUGAGGAACAAAACAAGAUGCUCAAAGAGCAUGUCAGACAAGGAAUGUCUUUUUACAGUCAUUACGUUGCCACCAGUACUGAACAGGCGUUCUACUGCGGCGCUUGAAGGCAUGCCUGUGUUGUGCUGCAAAAAACACAGCAGCACACGUGGAAAGCCAUGGAGUGAUGACACUUCCCUGCUGGGAGACCUCAGGUGAUGGAUCCCAAAACUGGGUGGGAAAGUAUGAAAUGCAUGCCCAUCAAGCGCUCAAAGCUGGUGGAAGUUGAAGGAAUCCCUUUCCCUGCUGAAACUGCAGACAACUGGGAGCGUUUAUGGGCCUUUAAAGCUCGUCCUGAUGACCUCCUCAUUUGCACUUACCCCAAAGCAGGAACUACCUGGAUACAGGAAAUUGUGGACGUAAUCCAGCAUGAAGGAGACCCACAAAAAUGUGAUCAGGCCCCCAUCCACCAACGGAUUCCCUUCAUAGACCUGUUCUUUCCAAAACCCAUCCCCUCAGGCUUGGAAGAAGCAGAGGCAAUGCCCUCUCCUCGCACACUCAAAUCUCACCUCCCGGUCCAGCUGCUGCCGCCUUCCUUCUGGGAACAGAAUUGCAAGAUCAUUUAUGUGGCCAGAAAUGCAAAGGACAAUGCAGUCUCCUACUUCCAUUUCCACCGUAUGAACCAGGGAAUGCCAGAGACAGGAAACUGGGAUGAGUUUCUGGAGAGUUUCCUUGCAGGACAGAUUGCCUGGGGCUCUUGGUUUGAUCAUGUUCGUGGCUGGUGGGAAGCCAAGAAUCGCCACUCAAUUCUGUACCUCUUUUAUGAAGAUAUGAAGGAGGAUCCAGCUCGGGAAAUCAGGAAAGUAGUCCAAUUUCUGGGCCUAAAACUCCCGGAUCCAGCUGUGAACCAGAUUGUGCAGCAUACAAUGUUUGAGAACAUGAAAGCAAACCCAUUAACUAAUUACAGCUCCAUACCUACUUUCAUCUUUGACCAAACUGUGUCAUCCUUCAUGAGAAAAGGCACUGUAGGAGACUGGAAGGAGCAUUUCACAGUGGCUCAAAGUGAACGGCUAGAUGACGUCUGUGCACGGUUAUUGGGGAGCAGCGGCCUGAUUUUCCGCAUGCAACUAUAAGCGCAUCUCUGUAGUACCCAUUGAAAUUUUCUCCCAAAUAUGCCUCGGGUGUUAAUGUUACCUGCAUUUAAUAAAAUAAGCCAUAAAACCACAAGGAAAAAACAAGCAUUCUGGCCAGAAGUGGCUUUAUGGAGUGAGACAGAGAGGAACGAAAAGACAUCGUCAGGCCAUUGGAGAGGAGAGGGGAGCUG